AUGUGGACAAGAUGGGAUAUAUCGGGCAUACCUUGUAGACAUGUUGUGGCUACCAUAUGGUUUAUGGCAACCAAUGGUAAGCAAGUUGGAUGUUUAGAAAGUUGGGUGAAUCCCUUGUAUAGGUUAGACAACUGGAAGAAGGUGUAUAGCUUCAAGGUCAACCCAAUCAGUGGCAUGUCUAUGUGGCCCAAGUUAAUGGUUCCUACAACUCUAAAGCCACCUAAACAUAAAAAACAAGCAGGUAGGCCUAAAAAAGCUAGGAGGAAGUCAGCUGUUGAAAUGGAGGAUAUGACAAAGGGUGGAAAGCUAUCAAAGAAAUACGCAGUUCAGACUUGUGGAAAUUGCAAGGGGAAAGGCCACAACAAGAGGUCAUGUUCAAAAAAACCAAGUGAGGGCGGUGCCAAAGUCAAGACUGCAGUUGUGUAA